AGGAUGGCGGAUGGAAACGAGCAGCCUCUGGAUGAAGAGGAGGAAGGAGAAGAUGAUCUGAGAGAACCAUUGCCUGUGAUUGAUGAGAGUGUCCCAGCCGAGCGCAGCGGCCAUGUGGCUGUCACUGACGGCCAGAGGAUAUUUGUGUGGGGCGGAUACAAGAAUGCUCCAGUUAGAGGGUUUUAUGACUUCUAUUUGCCUAGAGAUGAAAUCUGGAUCUAUGAUAUGGAAAAUGGAAACUGGCAGAGAGUGAAAACAAAGGGUGAAAUCCCUCUCUCAAUGUCUGGAAGCUGUGCUGCAUGUGUGGAUAAAGUUCUUUACCUGUUUGGUGGACAUCAUGCCCAUGGUAACACGAACAUGUUCUACAUGCUGAACCUGAAUCCAAGAGACGGAGAUCUAUUUUGGGAGAAAGUAGAUUGCAAAGGAAUUCCUCCUUCCCCAAAGGACAAGCUUGGUGUAUGGACAUAUAAAAACAAGCUUGUCUACUUUGGGGGAUAUGGCUAUUAUCAAGAGGACACAGCGGGGACCUUUGAGUUUGAUGAAACCUCAUUUGGUAAUGCAGGCCUUCCUAGAGGGUGGAACAAUCACGUGCAUGUCCUGAACCUUGACAACUUCACGUGGGAGCGUCCUGUGACAACAGGUAAAAGUCCCUCCCCCCGAGCUGCUCAUGCCUGUGCCACUGUUGGAAAUCGGGGUUAUGUCUUUGGAGGACGUUACAGGGAUUCCAGAAUGAAUGACCUGUAUUACCUGAAUUUCAGCACCUGGGAAUGGCAUGAAGUAAUAACACAAGGUGGAAAUCCAACGGGCAGGUCCUGGCAUUCUUUGACACAAGCAUCGUCAGACAGUUUGUUUCUCUUUGGAGGAUUUACCACGGACAAACAACCUUUAAGUGAUGCUUGGAUUUACAGACUGUCUACAAACGAAUGGAUCCCAUUUAUGAACAAUCACUCAGAAAAACCAAGGCUAUGGCAUACAGCUUGUGCCAGUAAGGAAGGGGAAAUCUUUGUGUUUGGCGGGUGUGCAAAUAACCUACUUGCCCAUCACCGAGCGGCUCACAGUAACGAAGUUUUAGUGUUUCCAGUUCAACCAAAGUCUCUUGUCAGGCUCUGUCUGGAGACCGUGAUUCUGUUUAAAGAGAUGCUAACAAGCUCCAUGGAUUGUCUCCCAAAACAUUUACUUUGCAAGCUUCAUCAGCGAUUUGCAAGCAAUAACAAUACGUGUGGUUCCUGAAAGCCAAGAGCUUCACAGCUCCAAAGUGAUAAUGUAUAUAGGAUAUAUGUUUGUGUCUUUACUUGUGGUUGGCAGGUAGCACUAGGUGUAAAUAUAUGUACAAUAAACUUCACUGUACAUCAGA